CCAUUAAGAAUUGAUAACUGUGGGAGCUACACGAUAUAGGUCUCUCGCGCGUGCAUAAAACGCGCCAGGGACGCGACCCCCGCGCGCGCACAGCCGACUCCCUGAUGAAAGGAUGAGUGAAUCCACGGAGGUGUCUGUGGACGUGGGCUGCUGUCCACAAGGAGCACCUUUGCCGGACCCCAAAUGGCACCACUAGCGGUCGGGCGCGUGCCACACCCCUCUGGAGCGAACAAAGGCAGCGACACAUGAGCCGUCGCGUCCAGGGAAGAAGUUCAGGUCGAAGCGGACGAAUCUGAUGGCGAUUGAAAAAGAACAUCGCACGAUGCGUAUCGGGUUGGUGCGAGCCUACUAUUAUAACUGCAAUGCAAGUUGGCUGCUGAUUAUAGAUGAGAUAUCAUCACAACCCCCCCCCCCCGCCCCCCUCACUCUCCAACCCAUUACGCACACAUGCGCAGGCCGAUGGGACACACCACAAACACAAAUUCCAAAAUCCAGCCCUUUGUCUCGGUCGCCUCGCGGCCGUCGCCCCGGAACAGGAAUCCAGCAAGAAAAGGAGGAGAGAAGUGUGCGUGUGUGUGUGUGUGUGUGUGUGUGUGUGUGUGCGUGCGUGUGUGGACCAGACUGUCUCCUCCCCCCACCUUGAACGCACUCACCACACUCUCUCCUCCCCCUGUACCCCUCCUUCUCCUCCUCCACAGCCCUGCUCCCCCCUCCCUCCCCCCCAUGCCUUUGUGUGUGUAUGUGUGUGUGUGUGUAUGUACCCGAAAACCGUGUGGCAGAUGCCUUUUCCGGAGAAGAAGCUCUUUCCUUUUUGGGAGGGGGCAUUUUCAAAUCCAUUAGUGUAUUAUAAUCUUUUUGAAGACAAAAAAAUAAUGAAAAACUUGCCGGUUGAAAGUGAGAGGGAGAAACCGGGCGGACGCACGUGAGUCUCACUUAUCCACAGCCGGGAAACGGAAAGGAAGAAACGCGCAUCCAGCAAGUGCCGCAAAUUGGACUUUCCACCAUCAGCAACCCUCCCCUCUCUCCUCUCUCUCGCCUUCCCCGCUCCUCCUCCCUAGGUCUCCCCACUUUCUCCCACCCAGCCUCGUAGCUCCAGCUCUCCUUAAGGGAUCCCAAAAUAGCCGCGCUCCGGAGUGCUCCCUGGAUAUUGUUGGAUAUUGUUGGAUUGGGGGGGGCGGGGGGCUGCUGGUUUUCCUGAUCCCGGGGUGACUCGGAAGGGGGUGAGAGGGAGAGAGACGCUGGAGAUGGAUUAAAGGGACAUUGCACCGCAAAACUGGAGCAGCACGCGCGAGCACGCCGGGGGGGGAGGGGGCGACGGGACUCGGUGAAUUCACGGAGCCCCCGGGACAGAGGUCUUGAAUGGUCCCACCCCAAGAUGACUUCCCCCAAAAACAAAGCCAAGAAGAAACAACCCAAAGACAGCAUGACGAUGCUGCCAUGCUUUUAUUUUGUAGAGCUUCCCAUCGUCCUGUCCUCCUUGGUGUCCUUGUACUUCCUGGAGCUGACAGAUGUGUUGUCCCCGGCGACGGUGGGCUUCCGUUGUCACGACCGUGAACUGUCCAUGCCCUACGUGGAGACUGGUGAUGAGCUCAUCCCUCUGCUGAUGCUGCUGAGUCUGGCCUUCGCUGGUCCUGCAGCGUCCAUCAUGAUGGGGGAGGCCCUGACGUACUGCUUGCAGUCCAAACUGAAGACGUGUCCCAAGUCGGAGAGCAGCAUCAACGCCGGAGGCUGCAGCUUCAACUCCUUCCUACGCAGAACCGUGCGCUUCGUCGGUGUUCAUGUGUUUGGUCUCCUGGCAACAGCCCUAGUGACAGAUGUCAUCCAGUUAGCUACCGGUUACCACUCCCCUUUCUUCCUCACCGUCUGCCAGCCCAAUUACACGGCUCCGGGGGUGUCAUGUGAAAACAAUGCCUACAUCACACGCGACAUUUGUAUGGGGAAAGACCAAUAUGCCAUCUUGUCAGCCAGGAAAACCUUUCCAUCCCAGCAUGCAACGCUCUCUGGCUUCGCGGCUGUCUAUAUCUCCAUGUAUUUCAGUGCCAGCAUCAGCAGCACAACCAAGCUCCUGAAGCCGUUGCUGGUGUUUGCGUUCUGCAUGGCGGCGGGCCUCGCUGGGCUGACGCAGAUAACUCAACACCGCAGUCACCCGAUAGACGUCUACGUGGGAUACGUCAUAGGAGCCGGCAUCGGAGUCUACCUGGCUGUGUUCGCAGUUGGAAACUUCAAAGCAUCAGAAGAAGAUGCUCCCUCUUUGCAUAGACUGGCCCCAGCUCAGCAGAAGGACGGCGGCCUGAGGGUGCUGAGCCAGCGGAGCCAUGAUUCCCUGUACAGGAAGACUCCCAGGGCGUCCGAGAGCAGAGAGGAACUGGGGGCGGGGCUGAGGUCCGGCGCCCGCUGUAAAGUCAGGAGGGAAAAGGCCUCCCUGGCCUCCCUCAAACGAGCCAGUGCGGAUGUGGAGCUGCUGGCGACCCGCGGGCCCAUGGGCAAGGAAACCAUGGUGACCUUCAGCAACACCUUGCCCCGGGUCGCCAACGGCAACAGCCCCAUCUCUCCCUCAGAUGAGCUCCCUGCCACUCAGCGUCACAUGACCUUCCAUGUGCCCUUCGACCCCCAGAGGUCAAGGCAGCUGGUGACAGAGUGGAGGCAGCGCUCGCUGGAGCUCCGCAGCCAGAGCUCACAGGACGACGAGGAGGGGGCCGACGGGAGGGAUAGAGGAGACGACCGAGGAGUGGCGGCGGGAGAAGGGGACCAGGAGAUGCCUUCGUCGCUUUAUCCCACAGUGCAAGCCAACAAGGGCGCCGCCACGCCGACCGCGGCCAGGAUGGCGGUGGCGCCCCCACUCAUUCACAUCCCCGAGGAGGCCUCUCGCCCGCCGCCCGUCUCCCCAAAGAGUGCCAAGACCCGCGCCAAGUGGCUGACGCUCACCGAGGGAGGAGGGGUGAAAGAGCCGGGACCAGGGCCGAUCCCGGUGUCGACGCCCCGCGUGCCCAACACGCAGCCGGGCCAGCCGCCCAGCCAGCAGAGAGUCACUCAGGUGAUAGCCAUGUCCAAGCAGCAGGGUCACGGGGUCACUUCGUCCACUAAGACGUCUGAAGGUGGCUCCUCCUCCGGCGGCGGGUCCAACUGCUCCGAGUCUCCGUAUUACCGGAUCCCCGCCGACCGGGACAGCUGCACAGGGAGCAACCCGGGGAGCAUCGCCGGCAGCGGGAGCAUCGUCACCAUCGACGCUCACGCCCCGCACCACCCGGUGGUGCGCGUGUCGCCCGCUAACGGCAAGCCGUGGGAGUGGAGGAACACCAUCAGCGGCAACAUGAUGGCCGCCGACACGGCGGCGGACAAGCACCGCAUGUCGCUGCAGCGACAGGACAACGUCAACCACUACCGGGACUACCGGACGCUCCCCGUGAAAACGGACUCACUCUGCUCCUCCUCUUUGGCCGCCGAGGGGGGAGCGGAGUUGCCUCCUCCGCCUCUCCCCAUCUCCUCCUCCCCUCUGCCUCACCCUCCUCACCUGUUGCCGUCCCCUCUACCGCCACCCCCGCCCCACUCGUCCACUUCGCCCUUGCCGCCCCCUCCUCACCCGAGCUCCUCUCCCAUGCUUGCCCCGCUCCCUCACCCGGCCCCCUCUCACAUGCCUCCCCCUCCGCACCUGUCCUCUCAGAUGGCCCCGCCACCCCUUCCGACAUCCUCUCAGAUGCCCCCGCCUCCUCACCCGUUAUCCUCUCAGAUGCCCCCGCCUCCUCACCCGUUAUCCUCUCAGAUGCCCCCGCCUCCUCACCCCUCUUCCUGCCAAAUGCCCCAAGCUCCUCGCCCGUUCUCCUGUCAACUGCCCCCGCCGCCACAUCCGUCUCUUUCCCCUUUGCCACCGCCUCCUCACCCGGCAUCCUCCAUGCCUCCACACCCGUCCUGCUCCAGCAUGCUUCCCCCUCCUCCCCAUCCCGACCUACUGAUGGACAGCCACAGCCAUGCGCUGUCCCGCUCCUCCACCCUGCCCCGCCGGCCCUCCGUCUCCGCCCGCAGCCACGCGGAGCAGGAGCACUACUACAAGGCGAUGCAGAACGAGAGGAUGUUAUAGUGGAGACGUCGUUGUCGUAUCAAUGAUUGUACUUCAGACAGUCAAACAUAGUAGGUCGUGGCAGGUGAAGAGAGCUUUACGACGUUUGAAAAAAAAAAAAGGACAUGAAGGUUUAGCAACGGAAUGCUGGAAAUUAAGAGGCAGCAGGGGCAGAGGACCA